AUGACGGUACCAAGUGAUGAUUCUGGAGGCACGGAGCUGCCGGGCAACCGCGUGCCAAUUUAUUACUUUGAUCCUGUUGUUGGCGCGUUUCAUUAUGGACCGAGGCAUCCGAUGAAGCCGCAUAGAAUUCACAUCACCCACUCGUUAGUUCUCAGUUAUCGGCUGCAAAAUCACAUGCAUCUGUACAAACCGAAGUUGGCGACGAAAUAUGACAUGUGUACUUUUCACACAGAAGAAUACAUCGAUUUCCUGAGCAAAGUAACGAAUGACAACUGUAGCCAAUUUAGCCAAGAACUGAAGCAAUUUUCCGUCGGAAGCCCAAAUGGCGAUUCUCCUGUUUUCGGAGGCAUGUACGAGUUUUGCCAGAGAUUUUGCGGCGGAAGUUUGACCGCAGCCCAGCACAUGAAUCAAGGUCUUUCUGAUGUGACAAUCAACUGGGCGGGUGGACUUCAUCAUGCGAAAAAAUCAGAAGCGAGUGGUUUUUGCUACGUGAAUGAUAUUUGCGUCGCUAUUCUCGAACUUCUCAAGUAUCAUCCAAGAGUAAUGUAUCUCGAUAUUGAUGUUCAUCACGGCGAUGGAGUUCAAGAAGCGUUUUACCUGACAGAUCGAGUGAUGACCGUCUCGUUUCACAAAUACGGUCGUGAUUUCUUCCCGGGGACGGGGGACAUGUACGAAAUCGGCGAGCAGCAGGGAAAGUACUAUUCAGUCAACGUCCCGCUUCGGGAUGGAAUCAACGACGAAACCUACCACGAUGUGUACAAGCCGAUAAUGGACGGAAUAAUCAAGUACUACCGGCCCACAGCUCUGGUUAUGCAAUGUGGCGCAGAUUCGCUCGGGAUGGAUCGUCUUGGAGUCUUCAACCUGUCCAUCGGUGGCCAUGGAGAAGCAGUCAAUCAUAUGAAAAGCUACGGAAUUCCCAUCAUGUACCUUGGAGGCGGAGGCUACACUCUCCGAAAUGUAGCGCGCUGCUGGGCCUACGAAACCUCCAUCAUCGCCGGUCGUCGGGUUGGCAACGAUAUUCCCUACAACGACUACCACGAAUUCUUCAUGCCUGAUUACAAGCUUCAGCCCACGAUCACUUCCAACAAGCCGGAUAAUUUGAACAAGAAAGAGUACAUUGAGUACAUAAAAGAAUCAACACUGCAAAAUCUGAAACGACUACCUUUCGCUCCUUCUGUUCAAAUGCACGAUGUUCCGCCAGAUCUCUACUACUACGAUGACUUUGAAGACCCUGAUGACACGCACAUGGACGAAAGCGGAGUAAACAUAGGCCCAGGCCAGAUGCAGCGAAGACCGCAUUAUCAUGAGCAUUACGAUGAAAAUGCACCCGAUGUGGACAAUAGUGACGAAAUGCGGCGACACAAGACGAUGGGGGAAUGCUACAACGAUCAUCUCAAAUCGCUCUGA